AUGGUGAUUAUUGGCGGCAUGGCUCAGAGCAUUCCAUCGUGGGAAGCUCAAAUUCCGUCCUUGUCGCAAUCGAGGGAUGUGCUUCUCUACGAAGCACGAGGGCAAGGACCUCCACCAAAGGAGAGGUCGCCCGAAUCUUUCGAAGAUGUCUCAUUGCCGGCACAAGCCAACAUGCUAAUGGAAACUUUGGACGAGAUAUUGGACAAGUCGCAACAGCAACAACAACAACAAGUGGAUCUUGUGGGAUUCUCCUUGGGUGGUCGGAUUGCCCUUGCCACUUGUAUUUUGUUUCCCGAACGGAUUCGCAAGGUGCACAUUACGGGGGUAUCAGCCGAUCGAUCGCCACUGGGGCACUUGACUGUGGCGUCGUGGAAAGAUCAUGUUCGGAAUGGCGACACUCUACGGUCGUUUGCGUGGUCCGUCUUGUUGACCACCUAUUCGUCCAAGACGAUCCAGUACUGGACCGACAAUCCGGAUUAUUUUUACCCCAUUCUAGACUUUGUGGCCCAGCAAAAUACACGGGAAGGAUUGAUAGCUCUGUUGGAGCAAUGUCACGCCAAAGACGACGACGACGACGACGAGUGGCCAUGGCGCCAGUGGCUCAAGUCGAGGCUCUUUGUGAAAUGCUACAAUGGGAUCCUCCAACUGUCUUGCCCGACUGUGGCCAUGCUGCACCCAUGGAACAACCACGGCAAUGGAGAAAGAACGUCCUCGAAUUUCUAG